AUGACCCCAAUGACCCCAAUGAUGACAUCCAUCACCCCCAGUGACCCCAAACAUGACCCCAAAGAUCCCAAUCCCGACCCCGAUGAUGACCUCAGGAAGCACUACGGCGUCUACAGCUGCGAGGGCUGCAAGGGUUUCUUCAAGAGGACGAUCAGGAAGGAUUUGAGCUACAGCUGCCGGGACAACCGGGACUGCGUGGUGGACAAACGGCAGCGCAACCGCUGCCAGUACUGCCGCUACCAGAAGUGCCUGGCCAGCGGCAUGAGGCGGGAGGGUAGGCCCCAAACUGCUCCCAAAUCCCCCGUUCUCACCCCAAAUCCCACUCCCGGAACCCAAAAUCCCCAUUCUGACCCCAAAAUCCCAGUCCUGAACCCCAUUAUUGUUCCAGAAUCCCACUCUCAGACCCCAGAACCCCCAUUCUGACCCCAAAAUCCCCCAUUCUGACCCCAAAAUCCCCCAUUCUGAUCACAAAAUCCCAGUCCUGGACCCCAUUAUUGUUCCAGAAUCCCCCUUUCUGACCCCAA